CAUUAUCCUCCCCUGGCAAGCAAACCACGAGCCUCUGUCAGAUAAUCAAUCGCCAUCAUGCCUCCCAAGUUCGAUCCCAACGAGGUCAAGGUCAUCCACCUCCGUGCCACCGGUGGUGAGGUUGGUGCCUCUUCGGCCCUUGCUCCUAAGAUUGGUCCUCUUGGUCUGUCGCCCAAGAAGGUCGGUGAAGAUAUCGCCAAGGCCACUGGUGACUGGAAAGGUCUCCGUGUCACCGUCAAGUUGACCAUCCAGAACCGUCAGGCUGCGGUCUCUGUCGUGCCCACUGCCUCCUCUCUCAUCAUCAAGGCCCUCAAGGAGCCCCCGCGUGACCGCAAGAAGGAGAAGAACAUCAAGCACAACAAGUCCGUCAGCCUCGAUGAGAUCAUUGAGAUUGCCCGCACCAUGCGCUUCAAGUCUUUCGCCAAGGAGCUGAAGGGUACCGUCAGGGAGAUGCUGGGAACUGCUCAGAGUGUUGGCUGCCAGGUCGAUGGCAAGACCCCCCAGGCUGUUCUCGAGGCCAUCGAGAACGGCGAGAUUGAUAUCCCUGAGGAGUAGAGUGUCUGGUUCAGACCAACCAGUUGUCCUACUGAGAAGAAAUUCUCGUUUGUGGUGACACAUCAAUAAAAGAAAAAAAGGUCAAAGAAC